AGCAUCUUUCCAAAUUCCAAGUCCACUUUCAGCGGCAACCAUGGCGAAGUUCCAAUCUGCAUUGCUUCUCAGUUGCUGACCUCGUUCAUCAGGUUCCUUUCACCUUUCUUUAAUCGUAAGAUCCUCGAGCUGUUCCAAAAGAACCAGAGAAGAAAUGGGUCGAGGGUUUACUUAUUCCAUGCUCAGCGACGAUUUAGUUGCCCAAAUCCUGAACAAGAUAAGCGAAUCAGAAGACAUAAGAUCAUUCUCGGAGGUGUGCAAGCAGUGGUUAAGAGUACAACGUCUAAACCAAACAUCGCUUCGGGUCGACGUCGGCUUCCCCCAGAUUUUACUUACCAGAUUCCCGAACCUGCAAGAGUUGAGAGUAUGGGAGGUUACAAAAGAAAAGCCCAGUAAAGAAGCGUGGUAUCCAACCGAGACGGGACUCGAAAUCGUAGCGAAAUCGUGUCCUAAUCUUGAGACGUUGUUGGUUUCUUCCGAGUAUUCUGUUUUGGGGUCGAAAGGUUUAAGGGCAUUGGGAAAUGGGUGUCCCAAAUUGUCCACUGUUAUGUUUGACGAGAUGGUGGUAGGGAAUGAAGGACUUGUUGCGCUUUUUCAGGCUGCGCAUAACUUGAAGGGUCUGCAUUUGUCUAGUAAUGAGCUAGUUUCUGACUACGCCUGUAGAGCAAUCGGGUCAUCUUGCAUUACCACAUUGGAGUUGAAAGAUUGUCCUUAUGUUACUACUGAUGUGGGAUUGAGAUUCGUGGCGAAUGGGACUACCUCCGGGACCCUCAAGAAAUUGAUCCUUGAUGGUUGCCAGGGCAUCACUGAUAAUGGGAUAGAGUAUUUGGUCAAAAUGCGUUGCUUGGAGCACCUGGAACUGACCAACUUGAGUGAGGGAGUCACUGAUGUAGGAGGUGUGGCAAUCUCUACAAUUCAAACCCUCAAGGAACUGAAAUUGAGCGAGGCUUUGGGGAUGUCAGACCGUACAGUUGUUGCUCUUGCUGAGAAUUGCCACAACUUGGAAGCAUUUGCAUUGUGUCUAUGGUUUCAUGGAGAUGUAAGCGGAGCUAGUAUUUGUGCAUUUUCAGGUCAUAAAUGCUUGAAACACCUUGCGUUGUUUGGUGAUAAUAUACACAUGUCUGAUGUGGAAGUGGAACGAAUAGUGCUUGGAUGCCCCUCAUUGGAGUCUUUGGUGUUAGAUGAUUCGGUGGUUUGGAACUUCGGAUCGAUGCAGGACAGAGCUAGGAGAGUGAUCAAGUUUGGAUCCUACGAUAGACCCCUUCCCCAUUUCACGGGCACUACAUGGUGGUGACCGAGCUACUUAAAUGAGUUGAAGAGAAGUCCGAGGGGUCAAGACAGACAAUGGUUGCAGUGUUUGUGACAAGUACUUGCGCUCAGCACUUGAAAGUAGCCAUUGUAUAAUAUGAAUCCAUUUUGUAAAGGCAAGAUUUGAAUCCUCUUUCUGAGUUUAAGUCUAUGUGUAGUUUCAGCAAAAACGUGAUCGAUUACAUAUUUGAUAUUUCC